AUUCCAUCCAGAUCGAGUACUCCUCACUGGGUCUACAACCAUCCGCACUCUAGCAUCCGUUUGCAUCUACAGUACAUGCCAGUAUGCCAGUAUGCCAGCAUGUCAGUCUCCUCUGUGCUGUAUGCUGCUGUAUGCACCGUGCAUCCUCCAAAUGGCCUUCCUUCCAUUCACCCGUCUUAUGCCGCCGCUGCACUGCGUCAAGCCAACCACUCACCUCCCCCUUAACCCCCCUUCUUACUAGAGACUCGUGGCACAGGAUUUCAUGCAUAUAUUGUCUCCAAUGCUAAUGCCAAUGCCUCAACUACCUUCCUAUUGGACCGAUGUCCCCUUGGCGCUUGUAGCCCUACUCACCGGUCGGAGGGUGGUGUGUUGGAUGGUUGACCUGUCAGUCGUCUGGUGUGCGAUGAGAGGAGAGGAGAGAGUACUUCAUGGGAGCUGGUUCACUGCUUCAACACUUCACUUCACAGUUCACACACGGUAUUGUAACUACUCGAUAUACUGUGUUAUGCUAUACAGUACUAUGGGGAGAGAGGUACGGACGAGUGAGACACUUUCGUCGUCCAUACACGAAAUCAACGAACGCCACCGUGGUAGACAUACUCUAUGUACAGUACAGUACCUCUCGUGCGCACAGCCAGCCGCCCGUCACCAUUCCUACCCGAACUGUACUGUACAGAUAUCCUCAUACCCUCCUCUCCUCACUAUCAAAUGCUUCAUCAUAUCAAUCAGGCCAGUACUAUACUACGCUCAAAUACCUCACUUUCCUCCGAAUACACGCCUAUCGCGCGUGUAAUCUUACCUCGAAUAGCUCCGAACAGCUCUCCGCUCUCCGCUCUCCCCUCCCCUCCCUUCUGUGACUAAAACCCGCGCCCACCGCCGUUUCACGCUUCUCCAAUUUCCCCUCACCGUGUCUCCCUCUUAGUCUCUCUGUUUCUCCCUCCCUCCCUCCCACUUCUCUAUCUCUCUCUCUCUCUCUCUAUCUCUAUGAUCUACACACCUUCACAUACAUACAAUUAUACCAAUCUUGACUCUAUUCCCCUCUUAAUCUCUAAUCAAUCCCCUCGUCGUCGCUGUCGUGUCUCUCUCUUGCUUGAAACCCAAACCCCGUACUACUCUACUUGCAACUCUAUCUCCCAAUCCGCCAUUUUCGGUCCUACUUUCCUGCCCAACCCGCCAAAAAUCAGGCCAAAACCAGCCAAAACCAGCGAAAAGAUCCCCCGCAACCCACAAAACAAGAGGUCCCGCCGCGUCUUCCAAUAGGCCCGACCACCAAGCUACACCAAGCUACAAGCUGCAAGCUACAACUUUCCCUCUCUCUCCUCCGUACCGUACGCCCGGACUUCCGCUGUACGGAACGGGCUACAGUACAUACCAGCCUCCGUGCUGGAAGUACUCGCUCCACCACCAAAAAUUGCUCCCCUCACCUCAUCAUCGACCCCGCCAAGUGUGGCUUCAACCCCUCAGCAAUCAACGACGUUGGCUACAUCUAGCGAAAGGGCAGUUCGGCCCUUACCUCCCAGAACCAGAACCACCACCAGCAUCACCAACACCCAAAACACCCUCACUUCUCAUAAAAAUAUAGCUCUCUUCUCGGCCCUAUAUUGCUCGCGCUCAAAUCCAAUUGGCCUUGUUCGUCUCAUCUCCGUCGCCGGCAUCGUCCUAGCCCUAUUCAUCCAGUUCUUCUUCACCGGCCCCUCGAGCUUUCUCAAUUCCCCAAUAAGCUCGUCGUCUUCUUCAUUCCGCCCUCCCUCCACGAGUCCUGCACCCGCGCAAGCUGUCUGCGAGUGCCCGCACCCCUUCCUCCUCCCAACAACAGACAUCUCGAAAGUGGACAGCAGCAGCAGCAUGUCUUCUCCUCUUCAGGAAGCCGCGCAGCGCGUGGCCAAGGAGUUCGAUUACUCCGAUGAUGAGGUGUUCAAGGCGGGGAAACAUUUCAUUACCCAGAUGCAGGAGGGCCUGCUGAAGGAUGGAACCUCGAUGAGCCAGAUUCCUACAUACGUUACCGCCGUUCCCAAUGGCACAGAGAAGGGCGUCUACCUCGCCGUCGACCUCGGCGGAACCAACUUCCGCGUCUGCUCCAUCCAACUCCACGGCGACACGACCUUCACCCUCACUCAAUCCAAAGUCGCGAUCCCCAAAGAACUAAUGAUCGCCAAGACCGCCGUAGAGCUCUUCUCCUUCCUCGCCAAGCAAAUCGAGCUCUUCCUCAAAGAGCACCACGGGGAGCACUUUGAGUCUCACCUCCGCCGCCGCAACACCGUCUCCUCCCCCACCGGCUACAGAGACGAACACAUCUUCAAGCUCGGCUUCACCUUCUCCUUCCCGGUGCACCAGAUCGGGAUUAACCGCGGCACGCUGAUUCGCUGGACCAAGGGCUUUGAUAUCGCUGAUGCGGUAGGCAAGGACGUUUGCCAGCUCCUCCAGGACGCAAUCGACGCCCUCCACCUCCCCGUCCGCGUCUCCGCCCUCGUCAACGACACAGUCGGAACGCUAAUGUCGCGCUCCUACACCUCCCCCGGCAAGACCCCCACUGUCCUCGGCGCCAUCUUCGGCACCGGCACGAACGGCGCCUACGUCGAGAAACUCUCCAACAUCAAGAAGGGGCUCGAGGGCGCCUACGACGCCAAGACCGGAGAGAUGGUCGUCAACACCGAAUGGGGCUCCUUCGACAACGAACUCACCGUCCUCCCCACCACCGUGUACGACAAGGACCUCGAUACUGCGAGCGUUAACCCGGGGAUCCAGAUGUUCGAGAAGCGCGUCUCGGGGAUGUUCCUGGGUGAGCUUCUUCGGCUGGCUGUCGUGGCGCUGUAUAAGGAGAAGUUGAUCUUUACGGAUGUGGCGGCGAUUGAGGCUGCCUCGCCGUUGAAUACGCAUAGUGGGGUUGAUUCGAGCAUCCUCUCUGUUGCGGCGGCGGAUGAGACUGCUGACCUCGCGGCGCUGAGGAAGGAGAUCGAGGUACAACUCGCUGUUAAGCAAGCUAGUGUCGAGGAUGCAAAGGCGAUUAAGACUAUUGCUUACGCCAUCGGUCGUCGUGCUGCCCGCCUCUCUGCUGUGGCUGUUGGUGCGAUCGUCGUGCAGAGCGGUCGUCUCGAUACCACCUCCUCUUCUGCUAGUGGAGAGGUCUCGGAAGAUGAUAUAGUAGAUGUAGGCGUCGACGGUUCUCUAGUGGAGUUCUACCCCGCGUUCGAGGAGCAUAUGCGCGCGGCGCUUCGCAAGGUGGCGGGGAUGGGGGAGCAGGGGGAGAGGAGGGUGAGGAUUGGGAUUGCGAAGGAUGGGAGUGGAGUUGGGGCGGCGCUGAUUGCGUUGGUGGCGGAGGGGAUGGAUGUGGAUGCUUAA